UCGAAAAUAUGUUUAAUAGCGCGGAUCUGUAUUUUGAAGAUAAAUACGAUGUGGAAACGCGAACUAAUCUUCUUCGACAGCGCCGUUUUAUUAGAGAUAAUUCUAAUCCUACAGAGCUACCUAACACAGUAUUCGUUGCGAAUUUCCGCUUAAACAAGGACGCAUUUAUGUAUGUGCUGGAUAAAAUCAAAGACAAAUUUCAUUGUCGGAUGUCGUCUUCCAUAACGCCGAUGUUAAAAUUGUGUGCCGCACUCAGAUUUUUUGCACAUGGCAGUUACCAACAAGCUAUAGGGAAUGAAUUUCAGUUGGGACUUGCUCAACCAACAGUUUCCCUUAUUUUAAAAGAGACCAUACCCAUUUUGGAAAAUGAAAUUUGUAGUACCUAUAUAAGCGUAGAUAUGAGUGAAGAAGAAAAGCAGCAGGCAAGGAGCAAAUUUUAUUCAAGAUCGGGAAUACCAAAUGUAAUAGGCUGCAUCGAUGGAACCCAUAUUGCGAUUUAUGCUCCUACGGCAAACAAACACCUCUAUCUAAACAGAAAAGGAUUUUUUAGCAUAAAUGCAAUUAUUGCUUGUGAUCAUGAUAUGAAUAUCCGUUUUGUGGAUGCUAGAUAUGCUGGUUCUACACACGAUUCGUUCGUAUGGAACAAUAGUUCUCUAAAGGCAUGUUUAGAGGCAGCGCAUCAAAAUGGAGAUCAGAACUCUAUUUAUUUAGGUGACUCCGGAUACCCACUAAGCCCUUAUUUAUUAACACCUUUCCGUCAUGCAGAAUCUGGAACUAGGGAGUCAAUUUUUAAUAAGAAGCACGCGAAAGCGAGAAAUGUUGUUGAACGUACGAUUGGAGUUUUGAAAUGCCGUUUCAGAUGUCUUCUGAGUGAUAGAAAAAUGCGCUACGAUCCUGCUAAAGUAACAUCUGUCAUUAAUAUAUGCUGUGCCUUGCACAACAUUUGUAAAAAAUUUAGAAUCGGUGAUCCGGAGGAGGCUGAAACCUUCUUUGAUGCCGUUGUACCAUUGGAACCAAUUAAUGAAAAUGGCAAUGGUUCACCAGGAGAGCGCCGCAGAAGACAAAUUGCUGAUGCUUUGAUGUAAAUGAAACUAUAUCGACUUCAGUGAAUAAUAUAUUGUAUUCUUUUAUUUUAUUCAAUACUUUGAAAUUCAAUAUUACAUAGAUAAUAAAUAUAUAAAAAUUACAAAAACUACAUGCUUUUAAAUUAAAUUAAAAAAAUCACAGAUUCAAUUCCGUCACUUACAAUAAUAAAGUAAAAAUAAAUUCAUCACAUGGUUAAAAUAUGAAAUAAAAAAAAAUUCAUCACAUUCUUAUGAAAUAAACUUUAAACUAAAUUCAAUCUAUUUACAAGCACCCUAUUUUUUUGCAUUUUUAAUUUGUAGUUUUAUUUCCAUCUUUUCUUUAUGUCUUUUUUUUCUCUAAAUAUUCUUCCUUCUUCCUUUCUUCUUUCAUUUUCAUUAAUUUAAUUUCUUCCUGUUUAAGUUCAUAUGUUUUCCCGCCUGAAGGUGAAGAAG